AUGGCGGCCGCCGGCAGCGGCUACCUGGUCGGCGCGCCGCCGGGCGCGGCGGCGGCGGCGAUGGCGGCGGCGGCGGCGGCCGCCGCCGCGGCCGGGAGCCCUACGAGCUCGGCCGGCCUGCAGGAUGACGUGCGCACCAUCUUCAUAAGCGGAUUCCCUGCGGAUGUGCGGGACCGCGAGCUGCACAACAUGCUGCGGUACGUCCCGGGCUACGAGGCAUGCCAGAUGAACUGGAAGACGGGGCAGCCGCAGGGCUUUGCGCUAUUCAACUCCCCGACUGCCGCGCGCUUCGCGGCGGACCUCGUCAGCGGCGCCCAGUUUGACGACCAGUCCACCCUCAGGGCGGAGAUGGCGCGCAAAAACAUGUACCUCAAGUCCGCCGGCCCCGGCGGCGCCGGCGGCGCGGGCGGCGCGGGGAUGGGGGGGCUGUUUGCGUCGCCGCUGGGCAGCCCGACGGGUGUGCUGCCGAUGCACCUGGCAGGCCCCCUGCGGCCGGCGAGCUUCAGCCCGGUGACCAACCUGCGGGACAACCCGCCCUGCAACACGCUAUUCAUCGGCAACCUGGGGGACAAUGUGAACGAGGCCGAGCUCCGCGCCCUGAUGAGCAGCCAGCCCGGGUACAGGCAGAUGAAGGUGGUCAAGGGCCCCCGCAGCACCACGGCCUUUGUGGAGUUUUCGGACGUCGCCAGCGCCAUGCUCGUGCACCAGACGCUGCAGGUGGGCUUGCGGGAGCGCGGCACGCCUUGA